AUGGCAGAUGACUUUUCCUUUCGUGAAACAUGCAAACCCACUUCAGAUUAUACACUAAUCGAUAGAUCUGCUCGAGAUCUAUCAAAUGGUGAUAAAAUAUUUGGAGGAAAAAAUGGUCAAAGUACAUUACUGUUAUAUGAUGGUUCAAUAUUGUCAUCAACUCAAAAUGUUAUUGUUAUAUCAAUUGAAUAUCGUGUUGAUUCACUUGGUUUUCUUUAUUUGGGCACACCAGAUGCUCCAGGUAAUCAAGGUCUAUUUGAUCAACAAUUAGCAUUAGAAUGGAUUCAUAAAAAUAUAAGAAAUUUUGGUGGUUAUCCACAACGUAUUACAUUAUUUGAUGAGUCAGCUGGUGUGCCCAAAUAA